UGUGGAGUCUCGUUCACGCAGUCGGCACGGCCGAACAAUCAAUAGAAUUGUGGGAGCCGUCGUCCCGAGGGGGUCGACGAUGGCGCUAUGCAAGAACAACAGCAACAGCAGCAACAACAACAACCACCACCCGGGGCUUCACUUAUCCUCCAGCAUGUCGACAUCGCCUCCGACCGCCCCAUCGCCUCCCGUCGCCUUUGCCGGCGGGCUCAACUUGAUCUCCGCGACUUCAGUCUCGAUCUCUCGGCGGUCACGACCCAUCCCGUCCAUCCUCGACCCCUGCGUGACGAUGCCGCUGCUUCCGAUCUCGUAGCCCAGGCCGAACCCAUGGUGCUGUUCCGGGGAUUGAGCGAGCCCGCCGGCCGCGCUGCUUCGGUCGGUGUCGUGAUACAUGGGCUGCGAAUCGAUGAAGUCGUCCAUGUGAUCGGACCUGUCGUCCAGUUCGGGCGCUUCCAUGUGCAUCGUCAUGGAGUCCAUGCUGUCGCGGCGCCGGUGGGUCGCGGACGACCAGCCGAUGCGAUCAUGCGACUCGAUGCUCUGUUGUGGGGCGUCGUCUUCGUACGGCGGCAGUGGGAAUUUGUAAAAUUGCCCAUGCUCGUCGUGCGAUGCCGCCGGCCGGCGUGGCUGCUUGUCGGUGCUGGAGUCGCCUCCUGCGUCUAAUUCUGCUUUGAACAGGUCAUUGUCGCGGCUGACGAACUCGAGAAGCGGCUCUGGCAGUGGCGCGCUGCUUGUCGCGGACGGCGACGACGCUGCUUCGCUGGCGUAU